AUGGGGUCGUACCCGGGCAACACGGGGCGGGAAGGGAGCUGCCCGGGCCGAGCCCGGGGCAGGCCCGCCUUGGGGUCUGGGCUUCUCAGGGGACCCUCGGUGCUACCUUUAGGGAGAGCAGAAGCCCUGAUUUGUGAGGAUAAAGUAGGGCAUUGCCAAUUUCGUGUUCAGGAGACACAGUGGACGUGCCGGGGUCCUGAGAGUGAAGGAACUGAUUUGAGCAGUUCCCAGCUAGUAGCGCUGAGAGGGGGUCACAGACUUGAUGGGUUAAGUCGCUUGUCUGUUGUUUACCGGAGGAAAGGCUGGCUAGGAAGGACGGCCCACACGGAAAAUACUUUUCAGAGUUUCGGGGGCAUAGAAGCCGGGGAGGCAGCCUCCCUGUGCCUGGGGGCGUCCGCGGGCUGCCGCGGGGGUCGGCGAUCGCGAGGCUCGCGCGAGUUCGGCCAGCGCCAUGCUGCGGAGAUGACGGAUUCCGGGGACAGCCUGAGCAGGGCCUGCGGGCUCUACAGCAAGAUGAACGGCCUCAGCCGGCCCCUCAUCAAGCCGCAGAAGCGCGUGCCUUCCUCAAGGCGGCUUGGAUUGUCCUGUGCCAACUGUCACACCACAACCACCACCUUAUGGCGCAGAAAUGCCGAGGGUGAGCCCGUGUGCAAUGCUUGUGGACUCUACAUGAAACUCCAUGGGGUGCCUCGACCGCUUGCUAUGAAAAAAGAGGGAAUUCAAACCAGGAAACGAAAACCUAAGAACAUAAAUAAGUCAAAGACUUGCUCUGGUAGUAGCAACAAUUCCAUUCCUAUGACUCCAACUUCCACCUCUUCGAACUCAGAUGAUUGCAGCAAAAAUACUUCCCCUACAACACAACCUACAGCCUCAGGGGCGGGUGCCCCGGUGAUGUCUGGCGCGGGAGAGAGCACUAAUCCCGAGAACAGCGAGCUCAAAUAUUCAGGUCAAGAUGGGCUCUACAUAGGCGUCAGUCUGGCCUCUCCGGCCGAAGUCACAUCCUCAGUGCGGCAGGAUUCCUGGUGUGCCCUGGCCCUGGCCUGAGCCGACGCUGCCAGGAGGCAGGGAGGCCUCCGCCGUGGGCCUCGAUCUGCUUGUGUAUGAUUUUGUCCGGCAGUUCAGACGGUGGCCACUGUGCUGACAGGACGUGAUUUCCGUGCCUUUGUUUCGAAAGAGACGUAUCUUCCAAGAGGCUUGCUGAAGAGUAAGAGAAGAUGGAGGGGAAGGGCCAGUGACAACUGAGCAUGUCGCCUCCUCCCUCCGGCCGGGGCCACCUCCAGCCAGCCUGCCUCUGCAGAGGCCCCUGUGCUACUUCCAGGAGCCGAGACUCGGACCAGGGCCUUGCCUGCUAAGGAAAAUAGUGAGAGAUUUUAAAAAAAAAGAUGUUAUGUGUGUUGCCCCAAAUCAUGUGCUUCUUCUGAUCAAUUUUGGUUGUUCCAGAAAUUUCUUCAUACUUUUUCCACAUCCAGAUUUUACACACGCUCAUGGAGAAGAUCAUUUGAGGCCGUUUGGUACACAUCUCCGGAGGCUGAGUCGGGUCAUGAGGUCUCUUGUCAAAAAUAUUCCUCAGUUUGCAAGACUGCAUUAUAACUUUGACGUACACUGUGACUGAUGUUUCUCAAAAGUUCAUAUUGUGUGGCUGAUCUGAAGUCAGUCAGAAUUUGUAAACAGGGUAGCAAACAAGAUAUUUUUCUUCCAUGUACACAAUAAUUUUUUUAAAAAGUGCAAUUUGCGUUGCAGCAAUCAGUGUUAAAUCAUUUGCAUAAGAUUUAACAGCAUUUUUUAUAAUGAAUGUAAACAUUUUAACUUAAUGGUACUUAAAAUAAUUUAAAAGAAAAAUGUUAACUUAGACAUUCUUAUGCUUCUUUUACAACUGCAUCCCAUUUCUAUAUUUCCAAUUGUUAAAAGAAAAAUAUUUCAAGAACAAAUCUUCUCUCAGGAAAAUUGCCUUUCUUCAUAUGUUAAGAAUUUUUAUACAAGAACACCAGUAUGCCCCCUUUAUUUUACUGUGGAAUAUGUGCUGGAAAAAUUGCAACAAAACUUUACUACCUAACGGAUAGCAUUUGUAAAUACUCUAGGUGUCUGUAAACACUUUGAAGUCUGUACAGUGUGACUAACCCACAGGCUGGUUGGUUUACAUUAAUUUUUUUAAAAAAUGGGAUGUCAUAUGGAAACCUAUUUCACCAGAGUUUUAAAAAUAAAAAGGGUAUUGUUUUGUCUUCUGUA